AUGAGGCUACCUCAGACGCUUCAUGCCGGUGGCCUCGCUCUCUGGUCCUUGGCUGUUAUUUACGCUCUCUUCUCUCGCAUUUCAGGUGCUCUUGCCCAAGGACUUGGACAGCCUGGCGGAACUUGCUCAGACAGCAUACCCUGUUAUCAGGGCUGCUGUAGCAAAGAUAAUUCUUGUGGCUUCACGCCAGACCACUGUGGUACUGGCUGUCAGAGCAACUGUAACGCAACUGCAGAGUGCGGUCAGUAUGCCGCCCCGGCAAACUUUGACUGUCCUAUCAAUGUCUGUUGCAGUGCCUUUGGAUUCUGUGGUGUUACCACCGACUUUUGUGGUAAAGGCUGCGAGCCCAACUCGAAAGGCGGUGGCUGUGGUCAGCCCGAUCAUCCUACUUGCUCAGAGAGUACUGACGCAAUGGCAUAUGACCGUCGUAUUGGAUACUACGAAUUAUUCAACAUUCACAAGAGUUGCAACGUGAUUGAGCCAGAGUCUCUCGUUAUUGAACCUUUCUCUCAUAUAAACCUGGCGUUCGUGAACUUUGGCGCCGAUUACAAGCUCCUGGAUGAAUACGGUGACGUUGUUGACCGGAUGUCGUUCCUUAAAUUCACCAACACGGGCCUUCGCAUCAACAUCGCUGUUGGAGGAUGGACUUUCAGUGACCCACCGACGGAGUUGCUUUGGAGCCAAAUGGCACGCUCUUACGAGAAUCGCCAGACGUUUAUCAACUCUGUUGUGAGCUAUCUACAGAAUUACCAUUUGGAUGGAGUCGAUCUUGACUGGGAGUAUCCAUCAGCGGCUGACCGUGGUGGCUCAGAAGAUGAUGCCGCCAACUAUGUCACACUGCUAGCGGAGAUGCGUGAGGCAUUUGACCGGGAGAAUCCAGGAUGGGAAAUUUCAGUGACGGUACCGACAAGCUACUGGUACCUACGUGGCUUUGAUGUCGAGAGAAUGCAGAAACAUGUUGAUUAUAUUAAUCUCAUGAGCUACGACCUUCACGGCAUGUGGGACCAGGACAGUGAAUGGACAGGUCCAUAUCUUGAGGGCCACACCGACAUCAGUCAGAUUGAGCUCGGUUUGGAUCUCCUCUGGCGAAACAACAUCGAUCCCGCUAAUGUUGUUUUUGGAUUUGCCUUCUAUGGUCGGUCAUUUACCAUGAAGGAUGAAGACUGUACUGAGCCAAACGGAAAAUGCCAGUUCAGUACUGGAGGCGCCCCUGGUACAUGUACAGAUACAGCGGGGAUUUUGUCAUAUGCUGAAAUCAGCUCUCGAAACAACUCUCUGGAUGUGCACACUCAUUACGACGCAGAGACCACGGUCAAAUACAAUGUUUACCAAGGUUCUCAUGGCUGGAUGGUAUGGGCAAUCGACCAGGAUGAUGGUGAAUUUAAUGCCCUAUCUGGUCUUAUUGGCGCAGAUCUUUCGUCAUUGCAAAUGGAAAGCAACACCGAUGGCCACUCGAAAAAAGUCAUUGCCGAUGCUUUUGCUGCCUAUAAUGGUCAGAAUUGUUUCACAACAGAUCGCUGCACCGAUGGGUCAAGCAAAGAGAAAAACCCAGAUCAGGUAUGCCCAUCGGGAUACAUGUCGGUCAGUACAGCGCACAACCCACUGCAGGCUGGAGACAAAGAGCGCCAUGGAGACUGCGAUGAGGGCUGGUACAGAAGUAUCUGCUGUCCAAAAGAUGCCAUGCCCAAAAACUGCGAAUGGAACGGUGCUCCCAAGCGUAGCGAGUUUGGUUGCGAUGGCAAGUGCGGCAGCAACCAGUUCAAGCUUAACCAAGAUACCGCAUUGAAUGCUAAGGGCGAAGGUCAGUGCUUUACCGGGGCACGUUACCUCUGCUGUGACUCUACUAUCAUGCUUCAGAAGUGUGACUGGACCGACUGUCAGGGGCCUUUGGUCAUCGAUGAUCCGGCUCAAUGUCGUAAAGGUUACGACUACUACACUUAUCGGUUUGAUAAGCCAAAUGGCAAGCCGUGGUGCUCAGACACGUACGUCUCAGAAGUGGAUGGUUCGGUCGGAAGUCCGUACAAGCAGUCUUUCAAGAGUGGACUUUGUUGUUCCCAUGAUCAGAGCUUCAAAAACUGCCAAUGGACUAACUUGUAUACAAACGACGACCCCCUGAGAGCUGACCUGUGUAAGCCACGGCCCUGCUCGGCUGGCAAAGUCAAGAUUGCAGGCGCACUUGAUCCGAAAACACCUGCUACCGGCAACGCUGGUAGCAUCGGUAAUAGCUAUACCUGUGACUCCUACACUCCGGAGGAUGGAAUGGACCCAGAGUGGUCGUACUGCUGCGAUCCACCCACCAAGUACAACAGCGACUGGCCUGUUGACCCUAAAUAUUUAUGGGAAAAGUACUACAACGAAGUUGACGAGUCCGACGUGGUCUGGAAAUACAGCGACGAAUAUGCCAAUAACAAUCAGGAUGAUGAGCGCUCUACGGAGGAAGAUGGCUCUGAUGCAUAUGGCUUUGUCAUGCUCGAUGGACCUGAAGGCUCUAUCGACAACGACUUUUCUUCCAGUCAUACCGUUGUCCGCCGCUCGCCUGAUACCUCUGUGACAAAACGCUCUAUUCUGACCAGCAACCAGACUAUUAUGGACAGCAUCUUCGAUCAUGCCGAGGAAACCUUCCAUGUCUACUGCAAUUUCCCCAUUGGCUCGAAAGAAUGUGAGCGCGUGUUCAUCAAUGGUGUCGAUGAUACGAUUGUCUCCCUUCCAUCUCAUAUAGGUGAAGGCCCUUUUGCCCGCAUCGUGUCGAUGAAAUUGGCCGAUCAGUAUUUCCAACUGCCCGAGCACCACUUACAGCACCGAUCAUUGAAGAGCAUCUCGAACCCAGUUUACGAAGUCAAAGUUGACUACAACUUCCAAGAUAUCAAGCUCAAGCGGGAUGAUGAUGCUGUCCAAAUUCGUAUUGACUACACCAAUUUGAUGGGUUACUGGGACGAGAUGACCAACUCACCAGCCAGUCGCAUGAAGCGUGGGAUGGGUGAACAUGACCUUACCCAAAAUGAGUGGCGUGCCCGCGUUCAGCGAGCCGUCAUGCGCGACAAAAAGCUUAGGAAACGCGAGGAGCCCAUCAAAAUCAAAACCCCGAUGGAAGUCUCCAAGGUGCAGCCCCAGAAGCGUUGGUUCGGCGCAUUUGGAGAGUGGUUAAAGAAGCUAACCACUGUGACAAAGUCCAGCGUGGGUGUAAUUGAGUUGGGUCUUAGUAGAACUAUCAACCUCUUCUACGCCAAAUGGGGGUGCCCAGGCGAGACCUACUUUGGUGAAUUGUCGAUCGAUUUAGAGGCCGACCUUUCCAUGGAUGCAACUUACGCCUACUAUCUCUCGGCCACAUUUAUUCCCCCCGGCAAGCCGGAGACUUUCGCUUACUUUGGAAUGGAGCCUGAAGCCUACCUUGGUCUACACGUUGAAGGCAGGGUUAUAGCGCAGACACAGACUGACCGAAAGAAGAUCAUUGAUACCCUUACUUACCCUGGACUAGCUGUCAAGGGAAUUGCGGCUGUCGGGCCCACCUUGGAUGUUUACGGCCAGAUUCGCGGCAAGAUCACGCUCUUCGGCUCACUUGAUGCAGGAGCAAAGAUGUCUUUCGGAAAGGCUGAAGUCUUUUGGCCUCAGGACAACAACUUGCAAGACAAAUAUUCAAACCUGCUCGGCCUUGAGAGUAAGACUGAAUCUCCGGCUCCAGGUACAGUUGAACCAGUGUUCCACGCUGGAGUCGCCGUCGAUGCGCAGAUUGAUGUUCUUAUCACCCCGCAAGCCAGUAUUGGCAUCAAGAUUGGUGGCGGCAAGAUUGUUGCCGAUAAGACCUUGAUGGAUGCUCAGCUAAGUGGCUAUGUGAACACUGACCUCUCCUUCCAGGCUCAUGGUGACUACGACACGUCUGACAAUGCCUUCCACUACCGAUUUGGGGCCUAUCUGUACUACAACAUUGGAUACAAGGCUGUGGCCAAGAUUCUCAGCUUCAUUGACUGGGCAACAGGGGAUCGCAAGGCAUAUUCACCUGACAAAAUGCUCAAAUUGUACGAAAAGACCGGUACCAUUCCGAUGUCAGAAUCCGACAUGGGGAAGCGAGGCCUUUCUAUAGAAGCCGAUGCUCAAGAGCAUGAAAUUACAGCAGACCUGUCCGAAAACAGCACAAUGUCCGUCUUGGAAACAGCUGCCGACAUAUUUCGCCGAGCUGAUGUUACAACUUUGGACCCUAAAACCCCCGAGUUCACAAAACAGGGCCAUUGUCCAGCCGGAGCUAGUGGCUUCCAGCUGCCAGAAUUGCGAUUCAAUUGCGGCUUUUUUGGUCCGUACCAGGCCAUAAAUGAGAUCCUUGAUGCCGACGGAGAUCUUCAGGAAAGGCUGACGCAUGAUGUGCCCGGCCUCUGUGACAAUAUCGUCAAUCUUACGCCAUUGCGCUCAAAGUUCACAUUCUCCCAGGACGGGGUAACAGCCAGACGCAACUCAGUUUGCCCGAGAAAGACAGUCGGUGGCCAGAGUGUAACAAAAUGUUCGGCACCAACUGCCGAGCUUAACAAGGCAGUUAGACGAAGGGGUUUGGGCCUCCAGUGUGAUGAAUUUCCCUGGGGGUCUAGUGAGCAGGGAGGAGAAUGGCUACCUGCGAGUCAGCGUCGUACGGAGUGUGUCACCAGCUUCCAGAAUGCAUGGCACGGAAAUUGCGUCCAAUUGGUUGGACAACUUUCAUCGAACUGGAAACAACUGGACCCUGAGUCCCGGAAAGAUUCCAAGAAGAUAGAUUAUUGGGCAUCAUGGCAGAAACGAACCGACUGGACCCACGCGGGCAAGUAUGGGAUCGGGCAAAACAAACCAUAUGAACAAAAACUCAUUGAAUACGGCGAAGAAAUGCCUCCUCCAGAUGGUGGGAACCAGGGAGAUAACAAGAAGCUAUCGUGGGCUUUUAAACGGGACUAUGAGACUUCCUGGCUUAACCCUCAAACACCACUCACGUCCGCAGACUGGUGGAAUGCCAACCAACCGACAUGGUACAAACCCAAAUACAAUGGGCCUCUUACCAUGGACUCGGUUCUUUGCGCGGUCAAUCAUUUUAAUCAGGGCAACGUGUAUAAACUACCAGGUGUGAAAGUCAAGUCAGAUGGAACACCAAUCGGCGUGCAAAAAGACGCAAGCAGCAGCUCGGGCACAUCUAAACGGGACGCUCAGAAGUGGGGUGAAUGGGAAGUUGAAAGCAUUGAAUAUGUGGAGGAUGUGGACGAUGCCGAGAUGGCUCAGUUAUUGAAGCCUGCGGAUCUGGAUGGUUCUGAACAUGAAAGGUAA